CUGGCCAGACAUACAUGUCAAGUGUCAAGAAUGGUUUCCAGAAAGUCCUUGGGAAACAGUAGCGUGCUUUGUAAGUCCAAUUCAACCAGAUCGAAUGGCAUCGGCAAUCCCUCAACCACUGUGGCCACUGUUUCGCCAGCACAGAUCAAGUAGUAGAUUCCUCGUCUCCCGAAAUUCUCCACAAAAAUGCACGGCGAAGAAGAAGAGCAACAAUGUUUCUAGUUGUCUUCCUAGACUCCCCGAUCUCCGUCUUCGUCACUAUAAUCCUUCUCAUCUUCCUCUUUCGCUUUGCCCUUGUCUUCGUCUUCCUCGUCCUCCUCUUCAUUUUCUGCUCCAACCUCGUUCACCUCCUUUUCGUCAUUCUCUGCCCCUCAUGAACACUUAUCAGGCUGCAGCUCAGGACUCCACCACCCAGCCCUCAACCAAAACGGUGAGGGUGGCGAUAAGGGGAAGAGUGCAGGGGGUGUUCUACAGGAAAUGGACGGCGGAUAAUGCUAACCAAUUGGGGCUUAAAGGUUGGGUGCGUAACAAGAGGGAUGGCUCUGUGGAAGCUCUGUUCUCUGGGAGCCAUGAUGCUGUGCAGGAGAUGGAGCAAAGGUGUCGUCGGGGUCCAGCAGAUGCACUGGUUACUGGCCUUGAGGUUUUUCCUUGCAGUGAUGAUCCCGGCUCUGGAUUUGAGCUCAAGCCAACAGUGUGAUCAAGCUAUGUAAAAGCAUUUCCCCCAUAUUGCUAAGCUAGGAUGUAUAGCAUAGUAUUUUCUAUAUUCGAAAAUAUGCUUCAAGACUUUAUUUAACCAACAUAUAUGAAGUCAGUAUUGUUGAAUGUUAGGCAUCUGUAUAUUAUAGAGUGAUGAUAGGCAUCUGUUCAAUUAAAGGCUUUCGUGGUCAUUUAGGUUAAUGACGAGUGUAAUUUGUGAUAGCCGCCGAAUAAGCACCAGGCAAACCAAAUUCAGAGGUUGGUUAGUGUGAUACAUGUAGCAGCCAUGUCAAUCGUUACUCUUUUCUUGUAAAUUUAUGGUACCCCCUAGCAUUCAUCUUUUA